AUGAGAGCCUGUGCACGGUUACUGGCUACCGCGACAGAUGCGGGCGCAUCGAGGCCCUUCAAGCCGGCACCUGCUGCCUUGUUGCCACCAAUACCACUUUAUCGACGUCUGCUACGCUCGCAUAGGAAAAGGCUAGGCGUGGAGGAGCGAUUACUUGGGGACAUGUACGUCAAGGCCGAGUUCAGGGCACACAGGGACGUCGAGAACCCUGUGCAAAUAAUUGGGUUUCUGUCGGAAUGGCAAACAUACUGCCAAAUGCUAGAGGGAGACUCGUGGAAGGAAGCCAAGAUGGACAAAGCUAAGAUUGACAAGAUGAGCGACCAACAAAUUGGUCAGCUCUAUGAGCUCAUGCAACAGAUCAAGAACCAAGCUCAGGAAGAUGCUGAUGCCGAAGAAAAGCGCGUGACAGAAUUGCUCGACAAGAAGCCUUCGACCGAACAGUGA